AUGCCCGCGACCAACGCCGACACGAUCGCCUACCUCCGCUCCCUGUCCUCUAUUCGCGAGCGCUGCGGCCGCGUCUUUGCCCUCGCCGAGGCCGGCAAGCUCGACUACUGGACGCUCGACCUCGCGCAGCAGGACAAGAUCGUCGAGUUCGUGUGCGGCCUCAUCUCGCGCGACUUUGGCGACGACUACGCCUCGAUCCCGCCCCACGGCCGGUGGCGCCACUUUGUCGGCGGCCGCGUCGACCCGCUCCUGAGCGCGUGGGACGAGGCCGCCGUCGACCCGCUCGAGAAGGCGCGCCGGCUCGUCGACCUCAUGGUGACGAGCGUCCUCCUCGACGCCGGCGCCGGCAACGACUGGAAGUUUGCGCCCAAGGACGGCGGCGACAAGAUCGGGAGGAGCGAGGGCCUCGCCGUCGGCUCGCUCGAGAUGUUCGAGGCCGGCAUGUUCAGCGGCGGCGAGUCGCAGCCGUGCCAAGUCGACGCCGUCGGCCUGUCCAAGAUCACGACCGACGAGAUCGCCAAGGCGCUCCAGGUGUCCGACUCGAACCCGAUGACGGGCAUCGACGGCCGCGCCCAGCUCCUCGUCCGCCUCGGCAGCGUCCUGUCCGACCCGUCCAACGCGGUCUACUUCACGCAAAAGGGCUCGUCGCGCCCGGGCCACCUCGUCGACUACCUCCUCGCGCACUCGACCUCGCAGGCCGUCCCGUCGGCCGUGCUCGGCAACAAGGUCGCCGUCCAGAUGGACACGCUGUGGGACGUCAUCAUCUCGGGCCUGAGCGGCGUGUGGCCCGCCGCGAGGAGCAAGAUUGACGGCGUGAGCCUCGGCGACGUGUGGCCCGUCGAGUGCCUCGCCAAGCAGGACGGCGUCGAGCAGUUUGGCGACCUCGUCAGCUUCCACAAGCUCAGCCAGUGGCUCACCUACUCGCUCAUCGAGGUCAUGGAGACGCUCCUCGCGUGGCAGUUCAUCGGCAAGGAGCAGAUGACGGGCCUGCCCGAGUACCGCAACGGCGGCCUCCUCAUCGACUUUGACCUCCUCGUCCCCAACAUCCCCGCCAUGCUCACCUCGUUCUCCCUCCCCGUCCCCUCCUCCCCGUCCGACUACCCGACCCUCCUCGAGCUCCCCCCCUUCGACGCUUCGCACUCGGCCAUGGUCGAGAUGCGGUCCGUCACCAUCUGCAUGCUCGACCGCAUCCGGUCGGGCAUCAACGCGCGCCUCGGCGUCGAGCUCAGCCUGCCCCAGGUCCUCGAGAGCUCGACGUGGAAGGGCGGGCGCGAGAUCGCCAAGAAGCUCAGGCCCGAGACGUCGGGCCCGCCGUUCCGGUACAUCGCGACGGGCGACGUCUUCUGA